AGGACGGAAGCGUAGAGGUCCGGAGCGGCUGGAACCCGGCCGGCUGUCGCGAUGCGGGGCGCGAGCCGUGGCGGAGUAGCGGGGACACUGUUGGCACUGCUGCUGGCGCUCUCGGUGAGGAGCGGUGGCGCGUCCAAGGCCAGCGCCGGGCUCGUGACCUGCGGGUCCGUGCUGAAGCUGCUGAACACCCACCACAAAGUGCGGCUGCACUCCCACGACAUCAAAUACGGAUCCGGCAGCGGCCAACAGUCGGUAACCGGCGUGGAGGCUUCUGACGAUGCCAAUAGUUACUGGCGGAUUCGCGGCGGCUCCGAGGGCGGGUGCCCGCGCGGGCUCCCAGUGCGUUGUGGGCAAGCAGUGCGGCUCACGCACGUGCUCACCGGCAAGAACCUGCACACACACCACUUCCCAUCGCCUCUGUCCAACAACCAGGAGGUGAGUGCUUUCGGGGAAGACGGUGAGGGUGAUGACCUGGACCUGUGGACAGUACGAUGUUCUGGGCAACAUUGGGAGCGUGAGGCCAGCGUGCGUUUCCAGCAUGUGGGCACGUCUGUGUUCCUGUCGGUCACUGGUGAGCAGUAUGGUAACCCCAUUCGUGGACAGCACGAGGUGCACGGCAUGUCCAGCGCCAAUGCUCACAACACAUGGAAGGCCAUGGAAGGCAUCUUCAUCAAGCCUGGAGCAGAUCUCUCUAUGGGUCAUGAUGAACUCUGAGAGCUGAUGGGAAAGGGGAGGGGGCUGGGUAGGGUUUCUGCAGGGCCACUUUGUCUAAGACUUUGUUUGCAGGGCCCUCAAGUGCCUUUAUGAUUAAAGAAUGUUGGUUUGUGAUUAUAUUUGCUGUAACCCCAGCGAUGGUCUGGAGGUACCAGUCAUAUCUGUCCAAGUUACCAUCUCAAUCUCACCUGUCUCUGGGUACGUGUACCUGUUCAAACUUUUUUUUUUUUUAAAUGAGAUAGUCUCACUGUGAGCCCUGGCUGGCCUGAAAUUCACAGA